GGCCAAGGGGACAGUUGAAUCCCGUAUAUAUAAUCUUCUCAGUCCUGUCUCUUGACUUUCUGACCCAUCUACCUUACUGUUACAGCCCAAAUCAAUCUUAUAAUCUCACAUUCUCACUCUACAACUCUCCCAGCCAUCAGAAUUCCACAACUCGACCCUCUUAAAACCAAAGACCACUAAAUACAACACAUCAUGCCCGAGGGACGUCAAUCACCUCCUCCCGAGCGCCAGACUGAUGCCCAGGUCAACGCGCCCCCUGCCUCUGGACACGGCACAGACCAGACGGAUCAGAAGGACCAGAUGAACAAGGACCAGUUCAAGCACCUCACAUCAAACCCGGCGGGUCCUAUGGACGCUUCUCUCAAGGAGAAGUUCCAGAAGAAGUAAACUGAGUGGCAGGAUGAAAUACGGCAUAUAUUCUUGAGCGUAGUAAUAUUGGAACAUGAAAGGCAGGAUGGUUGAGCAUGCGGAGGUGUACGAUACAAAUGUAGCAGCAAUAUCAAUUACAGUGCUCAACGAGUCAACAAGAU